GGGAGGGAUGGGUCGGUGAACUGGCUCGUUCGGCAGCAGCGGCAGCAGCACCAGCACCGGGGCCGGGGCCGGGCACCCGCGGCGCUCGGGCCAUGCGUCCCGUGUAGAGAGCGGCCGAGGCGGAAGGUUGGGGCGCCAUGAACCUGCGGGGGUUGUUCCAGGAUUUCAAUCCGAGCAAAUUUCUUAUCUAUGCCUGUCUGCUGCUGUUCUCUGUUCUGCUCUCUCUCCGUCUGGAUGACAAAAUUCAGUGGAGUUAUUGGGCUGUUUUUGCUCCAAUAUGGCUGUGGAAGCUAAUGGUCAUUGUUGGUGCCUCAGUGGGAACAGGAGUAUGGGCACGAAACCCACAGUAUCGAGCAGAAGGAGAAACCUGUGUGGAGUUCAAAGCUAUGUUAAUUGCAGUAGGCAUUCACCUGCUACUGCUGAUGUUCGAAGUUCUGGUAUGUGACAGGAUCGAAAGAGGCACCCAUUUCUGGCUUCUGGUCUUCAUGCCAUUGUUCUUUGUAUCUCCAGUGUCAGUUGCAGCUUGUGUGUGGGGCUUCCGACAUGACAGAUCUCUGGAGUUGGAAAUUUUGUGUUCUGUCAAUAUUCUCCAGUUCAUAUUUAUUGCACUCAGACUAGACGAGAUCAUCAGAUGGCCAUGGCUUGUUGUCUGUGUUCCUCUGUGGAUCUUGAUGUCCUUCCUGUGUCUGGUAGUACUCUAUUACAUUGUUUGGUCUGUCCUGUUCUUGCGUUCAAUGGAUGUUAUUGCUGAACAGAGGAGAACACACAUAACAAUGGCUAUCAGUUGGAUGACAAUCGUUGUUCCAUUACUCACAUUUGAAGUAAGCAAAAAUGUGAUCUUAUCUGUGUGGUGGUUUGGAAUUCGCAAAGACUUCUGUCAAUUCCUACUUGAACUUUUCCCAUUCUUGAGAGAAUAUGGAAAUAUUUCCUAUGAUCUCCAUCAUGAAGAUAAUGAAGAACUGGAAGAAACACCUGUUCCAGAACCCCCCAAAAUUGCACCAAUGUUCCGAAAAAAGACUGGAGUGGUCAUUACGCAGAGUCCUGGAAAGUAUGUUAUUCCACCUCCCAAGUUAAGCAUUGACAUGCCAGAUUAAGAUUCAUUUAGAAUGUGGACAACUGACAACAAAACUGGAACUGUGAAUCAACAGCCAAAUGUAUUUCAUCUCAUGCCUUGUUCUAAUUUCUUUAAGGAUAGGUAUUUGUCAGUUAGUGGCUUGUAAUGUAGAGAUGUUGGAGAUUUUAAAAUAAGAUUUCUUUCAGAGCUUCCCAUAUUUGCUUAAAAUGUCAUGGUAGCAAAUCAAAGUGGGAACACUAGCUAUAGAAAGGUUCACAGGUGGAAACAAUCUUUUUUAAAAAAUGUACCUAUAAAGUCAUUACCAGAGAAAUUACUCCAAUACACAGAUGGGGACAUCAAUUAUAGUGAACUGGGCAUUGACAAUUUCUAAUAUUCUGUAACAUGACCUCCAGUAACUGAAAUUCAUAUUUUCCUACAUCUUAUUUAAGCAUUCUAAGUAUUGCGUUCCUAGUGUUAUGGUGUUCUUUUGUCCAUGAAGAUAGGUGGUUGUCUAAUAUGUGAACCUUCCUAGUGGAUUGGUUAUGUGCCUGGCUGUAUAGUAUUUAUACAAACAUUUUAGCCAUGUAAUAUAUUCUGUUCAAAUUCUAGUUCUGUACAGUAUAAAUAUUAUGUAAAGGUAUUUUUUUAAAAAGCCUGUAUGAAACGCAUAGACUAUUACAGAGGAUGUCUUUCAUGUCUUAACUAUACACUUGGCCUCUCUUGCUACUUUAGGCAUGUAGUAGUAUGUAUUGGCAUGUCUUUCCUAUUCAGACAUGAACACUAUCUGUAUCUACAGAGGCACGGGAGCAUUUCUUUCCUCAGGCAAGACUUGAAGGCUUUUCUAUUGUAUAGAAUGUAUAACAGCUUACAUGAUUUGACUUAAUGUAAAUUAUUGUGUAAAUAAUCACAGCCUUUGCACUGACUUGGGGGUAAAUGUUAACUUUGUUGCUUUUUCCAGUUCUGUAGUCAAAUUUUACUGUUAAGCAACACACUUAUUCAUCAUUAGCCCCUUACUUCAGUUGUUCAGGAAACUAUUUUCUCCUAUAUUAUGUGCAAAAUCUAUACCUUGUUUUCAAUGCUUAGAGACUUUGUGGAUUAUCAGUUUUGCAGCUAUUGGUUAGCUGUCAUAAAUAUCAAAACUGUACUGUUGCAUCAUUACCCAAUCUUAUGUGUAAAACACCAGUGAGUCUAAAUUAUUAAACCCUUCAAAAUGAGUUGUGCCAUUUUUAAAAUAGUAAGUUCUCUAUAAAGGCUUCUGUUUAUUUUGA